CCCCACUCACUCUAUAAAAUGGAGUAGGGUGUGAGAUUUUGAGCUUAAACCCUAGCCGCUUCACUCCUCUCUUCUAUUAUUUUCUCUUCUCUCCUCUUCGGAACUUGCAAGGCCUAAGUUCAGGCAACAAUCAUAAUGGCAUUCUGUAAUAAGGUUGGAAAUUUCUUGAAGAACAGUGCUGCUCAGAGCAGACAAGCGCCUGUUACAUCCAUGCUUAAUUAUAUCCGCUGCAUGUCCUCCAGCAAGCUUUUCGUUGGAGGCCUUUCAUAUGGAGUUGAUGACCAGUCUCUUAAGGAUGCAUUUGCUAGCUUUGGAGAUGUGGUUGAGGCAAGGGUUAUCACUGAUAGAGAAACUGGAAGGUCAAGGGGAUUUGGAUUUGUCAACUACUCCAGUGAUGAGUCUGCAACUUCAGCACUCUCUGCGAUGGAUGGGCAGGAUCUAGAUGGGCGUAACAUUCGGGUGACCUAUGCAAAUGAUAGACCUUCUGGACCUCGAUCUCCUGGUGGCGGUGGUUAUGGUGGCGGUGGUUAUGGUGGCGGUGAUCGUAGGAGUGGUGGUUGGUGAUCCAGUCUUAGUUCAAUGUGCCUUUUGCGUAUGUUAGGAGUUCUCGGGGUUAUGUCUAAAACUUAAACUAAUGCUGCUGUUCAAGUGGUAAAUUAGUACCUAGUUGAAUUUAUAAUUUUAUUUCUUUUUCUUGGUUAUUUUUUGGGUUAUAUUAAUGGAGCAUUUGUUUCGAUCUAUUAUGGUGUCUGUGCAUGUCUUAAUUAUAUUUUGUUUUUAUUUUUUGGUUGUGAGAAGUGUGUGGAUUUCAAAUUGUUUU